CGGUGGUCCUUAUGUCUGUUCAAAGUGCUCUCAAAGUUUCUGGAAAGAGUGGAAUUCCCUACUGACGCAAAAUAGUCAUAUGUGGCAAGAUCAGCUGGUGGACAUAACACCACGAGCUCUUCUCACCUGGAUAAAAUCGCCAGAAAGAACAUGUUCAUAAACUCCAAUAUCAGUUUUUGGUCGUUUUGUCGAAGUUAUCACAAGGCAGAGGGUGUUUUCAUGAAUUAUGUCUCUAAAAAAUGUCAAUGAUCGUUGUUUGCUGGUUUGGGAGUUUUGCUCCGCCCCCCCGGUGUUUGUCGUAAACCUGGCUCCUGGCUCCAAUAAACCCGGGCUAAGAGCGCCCUGGGCUCGCCUCCUUCUCCAAGGCGAUCAAUAGGAUCUCAGGCGCACUCCAAGCACUCUCUUACGUAGACAUCCACCAAGGAGAGAGCCGAUACAACAACACGGUUGAUCUGCUCAAACACAAAAAAUCUACCUGCUUUCUGAAUCAUGUCGUUGAGCCCAAAGCAUACAACGCCUUUUUCAGUGACAGAUAUUUUGAGUCCAAUCGAGGAGACCUACAAGAAGUUCAGUGGCAUGGACGGCGCGGGGAAUCUAACCUCUUCACUGGGAGCCUACCGACAACCUCAGGUGUCUCAGACCGGCAUGCAACAGCACUCGAUGGGCCACAACGCCACCGUGGCCACCACUUACCACAUGCCGCACACCGUCUCCCAGUUCUCCCACGGCGCAAUGGGGGGAUACUGCAACGGGAGCAUUGGCAAUAUGGGAGACCUCCCGUCGUACCAGGAAAGCAUGCGGAAUACUGCAGCAGCUACAGGAUGGUACAGCGCCAACCCUGAUCCAAGAUACUCCACAAUUUCUAGAUUCAUGGGACCUUCCACAGGUAUGAACAUGAGUGGCAUGGGGAGCCUGACGGGGAUGGGAGACGCCAGCAAAGCCAUGCCAGCUCUGCACGCUGCGCCCAGGAGGAAAAGGCGCGUGUUGUUCUCGCAGGCUCAGGUCUACGAGCUGGAGAGGCGGUUCAAGCAGCAGAAAUACCUGUCGGCACCCGAAAGAGAGCACCUGGCCAGCAUGAUCCACCUGACGCCGACCCAGGUGAAAAUAUGGUUCCAGAACCACCGGUACAAGAUGAAGCGCCAGGCCAAGGACAAAGCGGCGCAGCAGAUGCAGCAACAGCAGCAACAGGACGGUAACCUGUGCCAACAGCAGGCGCAGUCCCCGCGGCGCGUCGCAGUGCCUGUUCUGGUAAAGGAUGGUAAGCCGUGUCAGAACGGCUCCAACACACCGACGCCGAAUCAGCAACAGGUUCAACAGAACCAACAACAGAGUCAACAGCAGAAUGGAGGUGGAGUGGUGCUUGCGUCUUCAGCCGGAAGCCUCGGGCAGCAUCAAAGCCAGCAGCAGGUGAACGCUUUGGAGCUGGAGGAGAUGUCGCCAAGUCCGCCUUCAUUGCACAGUCAGCUGAACAUGGCCCAGAUAGACACAUCUGCUGUAGAUUACACCAGUAACAUGGUCAGCUCAAACCUCCUGUACGGCAGAACGUGGUAGGACUUUCAAAAGUACUGUUACUGUCCAGUUUUAUGUGAACCUGCGGAUGAGCCUCACCUGCGGAUGAGCCUCAAACAUAUAUAUAUAUAUAUAUAUAUAUAUAUAUAUAUAUAUAUAUAUAUAUAUAUAUAUAUAUAUAUAUAUAUAUAUAUAUAUAAGUAAUAAUUUGGCAAAGGGUCAAACGGGACAAGGCGCGCAAAGAGGCGCAUGAACUGAUCAGGACACAUUUUCUUGACACCUCUGAAGGACGGAGUCUAUUUUUGAACAUUACACGAAUGGCUACCCUCUACAGAAACCGUGUCGUUCCUGGACCUUUUUGUAAUUCAUGUUUUGGACCUUCCUCAUAAUGUUUUAAACGUAGUCUAUGUUGUUGAAACGAAAAGAAAUGCUGCUUCACUUCUUUGUACUGAUGAGGAGGACAGGUGGGAUCAGGUCCGAACUCCACUAAAACCACCGCUCCUCCUUUGGUAUUUUAUCAUAUCAAUAUUGUAAAUUAAUGUAUUCAUUUGAUUAGACUUAUUGAAUAAAGUAGGUACUUGUACAUUUGGCUAACACACACACACACACACACACACACACACACACACCCACACACGAGGCGUUUUAACUGUAUGAUAUUCGUUAUAGCGUCCACAGUUAUGUUUUCUUUAAUAUUUUUUGUAAGUUAAAAAAAAAGAAGGAACACAUGCGUGAUGGCUGCUGUAUAUGUUUCAAAACCAAGUGAACGUUAACAAUAAAUAACUUGAAGUGUGA